AUGACAAAGCUCCUUGGACUGCUGGCUGCCUGCGCUGCACUGGCCGCCGGCCAAGGCAACGACACGGAGCCGCCGACGACGCUCUUGCUCGAGCCGACCACGAUGACGCCGACACCGACGACGGUGCUGCUCAACACGAACCUCGGUGCCAACGACGACGACACCGCUGGAAACACCGACCACGACGCCGACAACGACGCCCAUUGCCACUGCAACGCCACGACCGACGAUGGCCCCGACGACCCUAGCCCCACAGCCCGAGACCGCGGACCCCGAACGUCCGGACACCGUGGGCCCGACGCUUGA